AUGUGGUUACCCGAGUGGCUUCCGCUGUCGGCGGAGGAGGCCAAAGCGGUGUUGGCGACGUUUGCGAUGUCCCUGAUCUUUCGCUUCGUCGCCGAGCUGCGGUUCAUUCCGUCGCUCUCCAUGUACCCCACGCUUGACGUGGGGGACCGAAUCGUCGCAGAAAAGGUUUCAUACUAUUUCAGGAAGCCUGAGGUCGAUGAUGUGGUCAUCUUCAAGGCGCCCAAGGCCCUGAAGAAGCAUGGCUACAGUGAGGGAGAGGUUUUUGUGAAACGCAUUGUUGCCACUGAAGGUGACUUGGUGGAGGUGAAGGGCGGGCGGCUGUUCGUGAAUGGCGUUGAGAAGGACGAGGAUUACAUAUUGGAACAGCCUACCUACAACAUGGAGACCCAGCCCCCGCAGCUCUCCAAGCCCGUUCUCGUGCGCCCCGCGCCAGCGCAGCCGCCCGCAAGGCCCGCCGCGCCCGCCGCCGGCGCACGCGGUGGAGCGAGGUCGUGGGCCCCGAGGCCCGGAGUAGCGAGUGCCCGACCGAACGGGGGUGUUGCCGCAAGCGGGAAGAGUGUUUUUAGGCCAAGGGACCGCGCCGCGCGCGCCCCGGGUCCGGACAGCGCGGGUGUGGCGGCAGUGCAGAAUCUAAAGGAGAUUUUGGAGAAGGCGGAGCGGAUGGGAAAUGGCGGAAUGACGGGGGGAGCGGACGGCAGUCUCGCGCUGAAUGGAUCAUCCGCGGGAGCAGCGGAGAGCGCGCUGGAAGGGGACGGCGGUUCGGGUUCUGACGUGGAAGAGAUUGUGCUCGUGCGCAAGGAGACGCCUAAUGGGGCAGCUAGUAACGCAUCAGAGGAUUCUGAGUCGAGCGCCAGCGCGGCUCCGCCAAGCGCGGAUUUCGAAGAUCCCGAGCCUCCAACGGUGGUUCGGCCCAAGCCGGUCAGGGUAGACAGGCCGAAGCUUGAUCGACCUGUGGCCUCGUUCAGCCGCCCCACCCCGCCUGCGCAGCCGGCUCCGGCGCGGCCGGGCGUAUACGUGCGCGGUCAAGCGCCCGCCGCCAGCGCAGACGGAACGAGCGCAAGGGAGAAGCUGGCGUGGAAGCCCAAGGGUUCCGCCGACGCCUCGGCUUCCGACGAUGAGCGCGCUUCCGCCGCGGGCGCGUCAGGAGCUCCGCGCAGAGGCCCCAUUCUGCGCGAUGCUGGGCGCAGGGCGCAGCCUGCCGCGGAGGGUAGGGCCGGCGCAAGCGCACCCGGCGGAGCUCCUACCCCCGGACCUUUCGGGGGUCCGGACAAGGCUCCGGCAAGAGGCGGGCGGAAAGACACGCGGAGGAGAGGCGGGGAAGGCGACCGCGACGGGGCCGGACGGGGGAGGCGCGGGGGAAGAGGCUCAACGGUGGCGGAGCAGGCGCGGGGGAACCGGAAGCAGAGCAAGGCGUCGCGCAGAGCUGCGCGCGAGGAGGCUAAGAAGGCCGCUGCGCCCGUGCAGGCGGAGAUUCUGGAAGUGGGGAAGGAGGGCAUGAGCGUGCAGGAGCUGGCGCGCGAGCUGGCAGUUAACGACUCGGACGUCGUCAAGGCUCUCUUCAUGAAGGUGAGGGGGUUGAGGGAUGGAGGUGGGAAAGGAGGGCAUGAGCGUGUAGGAGGUCGCGCGGGAGUUGGCGGUUAA